UCACGUUAGUUGUUUUGAUCAGGUUCUCAUUAUAUGUCUGCGAAAAACCAAAUGAUGGUACAAAUAUUCUUGCUGUGCAAGAUCCAACCAUAUUGGUAUCUACCUUAAAUGGAACAUUAUUUGCUGUGAGCAUGAAAACUGGUGGCAUUAAAUGGAUGCUUCAGGAAGAACCUGUUUUAAGGCUGACUUCAAGUCGCAGUCAGAAGAAAAUUUUACCAGAUCCUCGCGAUGGCUCUUUGUACAUGUACGUUUCAGGACGUAAUACAGAAGAUUUGAAAAAGUUAAGAUAUACAAUUGCUGAACUAACUUUUCGUGCACCAAUUCGUUCAAGUGAUGGAUUAUUAUACACAGGAAAGAAAAUAGACACUUGGUUUGCUAUCAAUCCUGCUACAGGAGAAAAACUAGAAACAGUAUCUGUUGGUGGUGCUGAAAAAAUUUGCCCUGUCUUCCACGAGAAUGCUGUUUUUAUUGGGCGUACAGAUUUUGAACUAUCCACUUAUGACAUGAAGUAUGGUGUUCAAUCGUGGAAUGUCACUUAUUCAGAUUACUCAGCAAUUAGUUCCAUAGAACUAGACAGUGAAUAUGGAAUUGCACAUUUUACUUCUUGCUCUAGUGGACGAAUGUUGUCUGUAGAAAAAGAGAAAGGAAAUAUCAUGUGGUACAAUGAUUAUGGAUCACCAAUCGUUGGUCUGUAUUUACUAGAAAGGGAAGGAUUACGAAGUCUUCCAUUUCAUAGCAUGUCUUUAGAAACGUUAGAGCAUAUCACUCAUGCUCAAGCUUCAACUCAUUGGGAACAUGUUUUCUCAAAGUAUAGUGAAGGAUCACUUAUAAAUACAUUAUAUAUAGGGGAACAUAUGCAUGGUUUAUAUGCAAUAACAUCGCUAGUUGAUGAGAAGCAAUCUAUUAUUCCUAUUCAGAAGCAAAAACCUUUGCUCUUGGAAGGGCCCAAUAAUACUGCUGUUAAUCCAUUAAAGUUAGAAAAAAAUGCAUCUGAACAUUCUACGGAGCCAUUGCAAGCGCCACAUGUUGAAAACAAAGAUAUUGUGAUUGGACACUAUGCUAUUCCAGAAUAUGCUAACCCGGUAUUUUCUCCUUUGCUCCAAAUUGCUGCGACAGCCGACACAGACCAAGUGAUAAAACUUUCAAUUUACACCUGGUUUAAAUUCACACUCACCAUUUUAAGUGUCAGUAUUGCUGAACAGUGGAAUCUCCUUCUGAAAAUUAAUAAUCUUGCAAUAUAAGUCAUAGUUUAUGCUCCAACCUGGUUUGCUAUCAAAAAAUCUUACAUUGAUCUCAAUGACCGGAAAAAUGUGUCUGACCCACCUAUACUGAAUUCAAUCUCUGAAGAAGAUAUUCAACUGUUUGUUUUAGGCAAAAAAGAACUGUUUACUAUGCCUGCUAUUCCAUGCACACAGGCAAAAAGAUCACAAUCACCAGUGAUUACAAACUUUACAGAUUUUAAAGGAGGUACUUAUCAUAUUGGCAAAAUCUCUUUUGAUCCCCUUGAUAUUCUUGGUCAUGGGUGCUAUGGCACUUUUGUUUACAGAGGAAUGUUUGAAAACAGAAAUGUGGCUGUCAAAAGAAUUCUGCCAGAAUGUUUUAGUUUUGCAAAUCGAGAGGUAGAUAUGUUGAGAGAAUCAGAUGAGCAUCCGAAUGUUAUACGUUACUUCUGUAUGGAACAAGACAAGCAAUUCCACUAUAUUGCAUUAGAGCUAUGUGCUGCUACGUUGUGUGAUUAUGUUGAAGAUGAGAAUUUUGAUAAACAUAAUUUGAACCCAAUAAUGCUUUUACAGCAAGCUGCAUCUGGUUUAGCACAUUUGCAUUCCCUUAAAAUUGUUCAUCGGGACAUUAAGCCUCAAAAUGUCUUGAUUUCAAUGCCUAAUUCAUCCGGAGAGGUUAAAGCCUUGAUUUCUGAUUUUGGAAUGUGUAAGAAACUUGCAAAUGGCCGAGUAUCUUUUUCAAAACGAUCGGGCACUGCUGGCACCGAAGGAUGGAUUGCUCCUGAAAUGCUUUUAGGUGAAAAGAAAAGUACAUGUGCUGUUGAUACAUUUUCUCUUGGGUUGGUAUUUUAUUAUGUUUUGACUGAAGGAGAACAUCCAUUUGGAGAACCUGUUAUGCGACAAGGAAAUAUAAUAAAUAAGGAAUAUUCCUUAAAACAUUUAGAUGAAGAAAAAUUUCCCGAAGCUGUUUAUCUUAUUGGACAGAUGCUGAAGCAUGAGGCAUCAGAAAGACCAUCCAUUGCUGCUGUUUUAAGACACCCGUUUUUCUGGUCAAAAGAAAAGAUAUUAUUUUUCUUUCAGGAUAUUAGUGAUCGCAUUGAAAAAGAAUCUGUUGCUAGUGAAAUAGUAAAAGCUCUUGAAAAGGGUGGUUAUUAUAUUUUAUCAGGAGACUGGCAGGACCAUAUCACUGUUGAAUUACAGGAUGACCUAAGGAAAUUCAGAACUUACAAAGGUCAUUCUGUCAGAGAUUUAUUAAGAGCUAUGAGAAACAAAAAACAUCACUAUCGUGAACUUCCAGUUGAGUUACAAGAAUCCUUAGGACAAAUUCCAGAUCAAUUUGUAUAUUAUUUCAUUUCACGCUUUCCGAAGCUUUUACUUCAUUCUUAUCUAGCUAUGCAAAUAUGUAAACAUGAGCACUUAUUUUUGAAAUAUUAUGACACAAACACCACAUUGCCUUUGUUAGAGUUAAGACAAAAUUCACCCUACCCACCGUGGUACCUAAAAAGGUUUUCAAGAGCAAGUUUGUGUAAUGGUCAAAUAAAGAACAAUAAUAAGCAUGAUAUUGAGUGUGUAGCAGAAGAUAAUAGUGAUGUAGUACACAAAAAUGUUGAAACAUCUUUUGUUGAUGAUAAGAGUCUAGAAGCAGAGGUUUUAAUUUUAGACAAAUCAUCUGUGGAAGAAGUUAAAACUUGCAACGUAAAUGAACUAGCUGAAGAUCAAAUAGAGAUUGAAAGAAGCCUCAACAAUAUUCACACACCACACAAGUCGUUAAAGCAGAAGAAAAAAAUUAAGAAAAGGCACAAAGUUGUUAAUGAAUAA